UAAUACCCGCGGAGUGCGUGUUCUUGAGGUUUUGAAAACGAAGUGAAAGUGAAAAGUAUGAAAUCGGAUGUGAAUCGAAUGCUGGAUAAAACAUACGUUCCGACGUCUGGUUCUCACCUAGUCAGCAAUUCUUCGCGUACAUGGUAGAUGAUCGCUCUUAUACGCAACUUCGGGAAAAACUCUGUAAAAUCUCCGCAAACGAUGGAGUAACCAAAAUUUCGUCAGAGUGAGAUGGAGAAACGGGAUGUGAUCGUUACGAUUGUUAUUUCUAUUGUCGUGAUCGUUCUCUCCGUCGGUGCCGCAGUCCUCAUGUAUUUUUGGUGGACCAAACGCCGUCCCAAGGACGAAGAGGAAGGCAGUGUUGGCGAGGGCAAACGCUUGACCGCCCAACUCGACGGCUCCGGUAAAGUCGUCACCACCAACAACAAAAAGAAGAACGGAUUCCUCAACUUGAAGACUCCUCUCAUAUCGACAAAAGCCUUCGGAGCUCAAUUAGAGACCGCGGGAUCCCCAGGAAACAGAUCCCCCGCUUCAGCUGGGGCCCCUUCCACCUCUGCUGCCUCAGAUCGGGCCCACAACAAAGCCUUGCAAAAUGUCAAAGGCGACCACCCAUCGAUGGCGUUUCUGCAAAGCAGAUCAGUCUCCCUCGUGGAUAUGUACAUCGAUAACUCGGAACCAUCUGAAAACGUUGGCCACAUUCACUUUAGCUUAGAAUAUGACUUUCAAAAUAGUACCCUUGUUUUAAGAAUUAUUAUGGCCAAAGACUUGCCAGCCAAGGAUAUGAGCGGAACGUCUGAUCCUUACGUGAGAGUUACCCUUCUUCCAGAUAAGAAAAAUAGACUGGAAACCAAAAUCCGACGUCGCACCCUCAAUCCGCGCUGGAAUGAAACCUUUUAUUUUGAAGGUUUCACAAUACAAAAACUUCAAAGUAGAGUUCUCCAUCUACAUGUGUUCGAUUACGAUAGGUUUUCAAGGGACGAUUCAAUAGGAGAAGUUUUUUUACCUCUUUGUCAGGUUGAUUUGUCUGAAAAACCAACGUUUUGGAAGGCCUUGAAACCACCGGCAAAAGACAAAUGUGGAGAGCUGUUGACUUCAUUAUGUUACCACCCUAGUAAUAGUAUUCUGACACUUACCUUACUCAAAGCUAGAAACCUUAAGGCUAAAGACAUCAACGGAAAAUCAGAUCCAUAUGUGAAGGUCUGGCUCCAGUUCGGAGACAAGCGGAUCGAGAAGCGGAAAACGCCCGUAUACAAAUGUACAUUAAAUCCGGUUUUUAACGAAACUUUUAGCUACAAUGUACCCUGGGAGAAAAUCCGAGAAUGCUCCCUAGACGUAAUGGUAAUGGACUUCGACAACAUAGGUAGGAACGAGCUCAUCGGCCGCAUACUCUUAGCAGGUAAAAACGGAUCUGGCGCUUCGGAAACGAAACACUGGCAAGACAUGAUCACGAAACCGCGACAAACUAUUGUACAAUGGCAUCGCUUGAAGCCAGAAUAAACUAAUUUGUGUCUCUGUUUCCCUUUUCUUACGGCAAAUCUAAUUUAAUCUUGUUAGAGACGACGUAACGUCUAUUUUUAUUCUCAUCAUAUUUAUUUAAUUAUUUGGUUAUUUAUUUUUUUAUUCCAAACUGUAUAUCCUCACGUAGGCUUUAGUCAAGGCUGAUUAUCAUCCGUGAACUUGAAAAUGUACAAGCUACUUUUAACUGAUUCAUUCUGUCAAAUGUUCUAUAGAUCUCACUAUGUGUAUAAAAAGGGGAAUUUUUUCAUAAUUUUUCCUCCGAGUUUUUUUGUAAUGCUCCGAGAUUCUCAAUGCCGGCAAAAAUAAUUUUUUCGUGAAAAAUUAAAAAUUGGUUCCUUCUUUGCUGCACUAAAAUGUGAAUCCCACAAAGUCUCAAGGAAUAAUAACUUGAAAAAUUACUAUUGAUAAUUAAUACUAUUUAGCUUCACAGAAUUAUUUUAAUACUAUUGAUUUGUAUUGAAUAUAAUUUGCCCGUUUAAACAAACUCAAGCAUUAUCUCAGCUCUUCAAAGACUUUUCUUGACUUGGAGCGUGCAUAUUCAAUUUUUUUAGCUUCAUUUGACUGAAUACGAUGUGUUAUUUAUGAAAGGGAUGCCAAUUUCCCGUAAGUUGAUUUUGAAUUCCCUUACACAUGAUUAUCAUUUGAUUCUUUAUAUUGAUUUCUUCAAUCUUUGACUUUUUGUAACGGUGGCUAAAUUAGAGCUCCCGUUGUUGGUGCAACCAAACCGAUUUCGAAUAAUUUUUUUCAAAAAACAAUAAAGCAUCACUUGAAAACUUCAAAAACAUACUUAUAUUGAUCAAUACAUUAUUUGCCGAGGUUUGAUAGUUACUUUAUCCUUGUGUGGCAAGAUAAAGUAGCCGCAGCGUCUGUCAUUAAUAGGGAUGACUGAUUCAUUGAACGGUUAUUACGAGAGCUUUUCACUUCUCUACGAACCUAAAUGAUUACGAAUAUAGUGUGUGGCAUUUGUGAGACUACCAUGGUAAAAAUGUUGGUGUACUUCACCAAAUGUGUGAUCUACGUCUAUUUUGGCGUUUCAUUGUACGACUGAGUUUUAAAUAGCCACCAAGAAGUUAGUUUAAAUCAAUAUAAAUGUUUCUCAGUGUUUUUAAACCUCAAAAAUAUUAGAACAAUUGUUAAUGUCUACAAAUGUUAAGUAAUUAGCAUUUAGAGUGAUAUUUUUUUAUUAUUUAAGUUUGUAUAGUCCUACAAAUUUCUAUAAUUGUUAAUUUUAUUAUUCAACGUUAGACGACAUUCUACUCCUAAAUUAUGUGUGUACUGUAAAUAUAGAUGUGUAAUUCUAGGAUAUUACCGAAUUUAGUCACUUAGCCCUAUAAAUGUAUUUUGCUAUAGCUGUAUGACCUGAUCCAAGGUAGUGGUGUGAAAUAUGCUCAUCGAAAAGUAUCAGGAUUUUUUUUCUUUUUUCUUUUUUUCUUUUCACUCCACUUUACUUCCAUAAACAUCUCUGGAAAAAUUGAAGAAAAGUAUGGGGAGAACAUAAUAUUGAAGCUAAUAAUUCUUUAAGAACCGUGAACAGAAACUUCCUUUACCGCCAGUAAUCGGUUAAAUAUAUUCUGAAUUUGGAGAUGUUUGUAACCUAACCGAACCUACUCUUCUGGUUUGAUCUUUACCACGGCGUGGUUUAUCUUUGAUAAGUUUAAUUUUCAGUCGAACUUUAAAUAUAUACGCUUUCUUAAGUCUCAAUUUGAUAGUGCCCGACAGAGUUUUGGGUAAUAACCAGCUCACUAGAUGGAUACAGAGCUCAACUAAAAUAAGCUGGGUUAAAAUUGGUUCCACUGGGUCGAACAUAUUGAAUCGGUCUUUCCAACUCGCCUAGGCAUUUUGACAGUCCUCUCACUGUCAGAAUACCUACCUUGCACGCUCCAUAUGAUUUUCUCCCUCUCUCCUUGAAUUGAAUCUUUUCAUCAUCACACUACCUUGAUGACGUGAUGUUUGUUUCGAGAGAGAAAUGAGAGGGACUGGGCGCGGCGCUCUGUGAAUGAAUUUCAGUCAAUGUAGUUGGCACACAAAUGCAAAGGAUUUCUGCAAGACAAAGUCCAUGGAAAGGGAGAAUUGAGUCAAGGAAUUAAGUCCUAAGCUCUGAAUUUCACAAAAUUAAGCAAAAGUAAAUCCAGAAUAUCAUCCAAACCAAAAUUCAAAAGAACUCGAAAAAUCAUCCCCGGUGAAGUAAAGAUUACGAGUUAAGGAUAAUUUUUUUUAAAGGAAAAUUUUUUUUUAAAAAAAAAACGCCGGACACUGGAAAGUUAACAAAGUUCUUUGUCCAAUUUUCAUACGUUUGGUAUUAAAAAAUAACAAUAUUUGUUGAUCAUAUACCUUUUGCCCUAAAUCAUAUAUUUUACCCUUAAUAAACCAUUCCUUACGUGAACUUAUCAACAAUGGCUUUUUUGUACGUCCAAAUUGGAGUAUAUGGUGUCAUAACUGCAGAGAGGAGGGUUCCCCCUUAAUAGAUCAGCACCUGCUGAAUCUUAAAUCCAGCAACGAAAGUGGAAAAUUUCUGAAUAUCGAGACCGCAAAUGAGAAAGAAUUAGAGGUGGUUACUAUAUUUUUAACAUGGUGGGAGGCACUUGCCGGAAAGUAGUGGUGGCUUCUGGGAUAGGCUCUUAUCGAGAGAAAUUUGAGAAAGAGCGAAGUGCUGAGCUUGUGAGUGAAGGCUGGACCAGAGGGAGAAGAAGCUCGAAUGAUAACGUGGAUAGAAGCAUUCCGACUGGAUGCGAUGCAGCGCUGAAUGCCAAUUGGCUGGUGGCGAAGGCACCGCAACACUGUAUAUGAUCGUCAUCGGCAAAUAGAGAUAAGAGACCCUCCAUUAUUGGUAUCUUGGCAAUGGUGGAAGUUCUUACUUUCAGGACCCCACCAUGCAACGAUUGACACACCUAUGAUGAUGGAUGUUGAGCAACGUGUUGGAUAUUUCGUUUCGAAAACGUAACGAAGUUCACAAACUCAUUACGUCAGCAGAAGCUCAUUAUCCACUUAGUAGAUAUGAUGACUGUUGCUCUCUUAUAAUUUUUCAUUGAAGAGUUAUUGUAUGCAGUAACUUCCAGAUGAUUGUUCUCACAAAACAAGUUUCUCGAUUGCGACACUCAUAAAUGCAGCUUUUUACCUUUUUUCUUUUUUUUUUAUAGGAUAACCAAUGAACGUCAUUAUUCGAAAUUUUCUCAGAAUAUUGAGGUUAGAAUGAAGAAACGUCGGUAGAAAUCGGAAGAAAUAGUGUUCGUUGGUUUUUUUUCGCUAAAUGAAAUGUCACGAGAAAAAUUCGCAUCGUCACUAAUCUCGAGAUCCGCACGUGUUCUAGUUACUUAUCCAAAUUUCUGUCUGGCCAAAUUAAUCUUACGUCUUGAUCCUAGAGAAGUAUAGGAUGCAUGGUUAACAAUAACUGCGAGAAACGCGUGAUAGCGUCUACAAGACUGGAUGAAUACUUCACGCAUUGCACAUACGCACCGUAGUGUGCGAGCAAUGCGUGAAGUAUCUUCCGUGGUGUACGCGCAAUGCGAGAAGUAUCCACGCAGUCCUGUAGGCGCUAUCUUGCGUUCCGCGCUGGCUACACAGCACAGGUGCACUGCAAUAACUGACCGCGUAUACUGUCUUCCAAGUUUCUCGGUGCUUAACCACUUAUAUCUCUUCUUAAGUCCGACUAAAAGGAAUCGAGAAGCAUUUCUAAAGCACCAAAUACUUGCAGUAAAAUCAGCCUAAAUGUUGCCUAAUCUUCUCUUAUUUUUAAUUUGUUUACAGCGAACCAAGCAAAACUCUAACUAAAGUUCCCACGAUUAUUCUCUUCAUAAUACAGAAAAAACUCAUUGAGUGCCUCGAGGUAUUGUUUUGUUAAGUUCUCAUGUAAAAUAAUAGAGCAUGGGAAGAGAUUAGGCAACGUUAACCAAUAGCAGUUCUCGCAUGCCGGCGGCAAUGAUAUUUUUCUCCAUUUAAAUCUAUUAUAAAUAAUCGAUUCUUAAACUUGCUUCAAGAUACAUCGAUUCUUUUACAUGCAUUUAAAUGGACGGAAUCCUGUGUUGUCAACUUGCGAGAAUUCUUACUGCUUAAAUUGGAUUUAGGGUGAUUCUGGUUAUAGUUUCAACUGCAUCUCAAAUGCCGUGACUUAAACCUGUCUCUAUACUUUCAGCGGACAUCGCGUCCGCAGGAGAGAGGGUUGUGUUUAUCAUUUGAUUUUUUAUUUAAUUUUCAAGCCAGCUAUCCUCACGCAAGUUCUGAAUAAGAUCAUCUUAAACACCAAAAUUCUACUGUCCUAAACAGCAAAAUCCUAUCGUCCAAAUUUCAAAAUUACAGUCUCAACUAAAAAUGUCUACAUUUGGUGUUCGCUUCAGCCGUAAUUCAGUCUCUUCACCAAAGAAAGAUAAUUCAGCUAAGCUUUCUUUCUGUCUCCUUUUACUUACGAAUUUCUUUUCACGCAUUAAUCAAUGAUAUCGAAGUAUCAAUAAUGUGUAUUCUUAUGAUUUCCAUGCCUUUUCGCGAAAUCAUUCACUCUAACUUUGCUUUUGCUGAUGUGCAAAUUUCGAUGUGUGAAGAAAUCACGAUUUGUGGAAUUCCUCAUUGGCAUAUGCUGGAAGACAGAUGGGGGAGGAAUUGAUUAAGCUACCUUGAAAUGCCUUUGAGAGAGGAAAUAACUAAUACUUCUUUUUCCCCUUUUAUUUGAGUGCUUUGACAAAUUGCAACUUUCUUCGACAUUCAACUGGUCUUGAAAUCGUAAUUUUUAUUUUGGAAAAAGCAAUUUACUUGAAUUUACUAGGAGUCAAAAUUAUACAUUUGAAAAAAAAAUAAAAAUAAAAAUAAACACGUAUUAUUUUAUCUCCCUUGACGAUGAAGGAGGAAGAAUUGCUAAUGAUGUCCAUUCCUAACCGUAAUACUUUCCGAAGAAUAACGCAUUCGCUUUGAAAAAGAGCGCUAAGAUCAUGAGGCACCUUCAUUUAAAAAUGAUACUGCACGCACUACCGCAGUGACGCAAAGUUGUCGCUCUGUCAACCGCAAUGUCAAUGCUCUUUGCUGCUCAGAGUUCUCCGAUGAUAUAUUAUUAUCUCUUCGAUUUAUUCCGACUCGAUUAUUAUCUAUUCGACUAUAUUCUGACCCAAUUUUUGUAGUUUCACAAAAUUAAAAUCAUUACAAAUUUUAAUUUCCUUCCUCUAAACCGCAAUUCUCUGGGGUUUGCUUAGACUUACAAAAAAUCCCUUCUCGAGUGCUGUCAACAAGAAGGUGUUUGGCAAACAUACAAUAUUUCUGGACACGACGCGAUUUGCGAUGACUUCGAAAAUUGUCUACAAUAUUGCCAUCCUUGCCUCGCUCCAACUUGUGAGCUGUAAAGAAAAUAAAUCUCUCUGAAUUUAAUUGACUUUCAAAUAUUUACCGAAAAAAGAUUACUGUAUAAAAUAAGUGGACUUAAUUGGUUUUUCUCUGAUACCUGAAGGUAUAUUAUUGCCUAAAACAUUCCUAUAGAACCAAAUUUAGAGUAAAUGUCAUUAGAAAGAUACCGAAAGUAAACAUUCUCCGAGAGACUAAUUACCUGUACUACUGUACAGAGAUUUCGUGCAAAACAUGAUUAUCAUGAGAUUAUUUCUCGCUGUUAUCAGGAUAAUCGUUUAUUUUUAUAUCAAGUAAAAGUGACUAUUUUUAAAAAUCGAGAAAAUCCAGAAUUUAGUGUAUAAAUGGACAUUUUUUCGUUGGUUUUUAUAAUUCUUUAGUUUACAAUGGAAAACUAAAAAUGUAAAUGUACUCUGCAAAGGGUAUUUUUCAUUAAAAAAAUAACAAGAUGCAGGUUGGAUGAUUAGAUAACUGUUAGAGUUUAUACCGGAAGUACAUUGUAGUCGCAUGCAUUUUUACUUUCAAUAUAAUGUUCUUGAGAUGCAUGUACUUUUUUAUGAUUUAUUUACUUGAUUUUAGCCAUAUAUGUGUGCUGCUGUUGUCGAUAAAAACAAGUAAAUGAAGUGUGGGAGCUGUCA